AUGGCGGAGCUGGCGGCGGCCGAGGAGCUCGCCAAGCUCGAGUACCUGUCGCUGGUCUCCAAGGUGUGCACCGAGCUCGACAACCACCUGGGCAUCAACGACAAGGACCUGGCCGAGUUUGUCAUAAGUCUUGCCGAGAAAAAUACCACUUUUGACACAUUUAAAGCAAUUCUUCUGAAGAAUGGUGCUGAGUUCACUGAUUCCCUCAUUAGUAACUUGCUACGUCUCAUACAGACCAUGCGGCCUCCACCAAAACCAUCCACGAGCAAAGAGGCAGUUGUCAAACCCAAAUCAGAGAAAGAAAAGUUGAGGGAACUAUAUCCAGCCCUUUGCAGGCCAGACAAUCCCAACAUCAGGAAUAUGCUGGAUGAAGAUGAUGUGAAAGUGGCAGCUGAUGCCCUGAAAGAGCUGGAAGCUCUGAUGCCAAGUGCAGACAGGCAGGGCAAACAGAGGAGCAGCGACCAUAGGACAAAGAAGAGGAAGAGGAGCCGGAGCAGGAGCAGGGACAGGAAGCGAAGGCACAGAUCUCGCUCCAGGUCUCGUUCCAGGACUUGGGAUAGGAACAGGGGAAAAUCCAGAUACAGGUCAAGGAGCAGGAGUUGGAGUCCCAGUAAGGACCGAAGGGAUAGGGAAAAGUACCUUGAAAAGAGCCAUGAGAGGUGGAGAGACAAGCACAUAGACCGUCCACCAGCUGAGGAGCCUUCCAUCGGAGACAUCUACAACGGCAAAGUCACCAGCAUAAUGCAGUUUGGAUGCUUUGUGCAGCUGGAAGGACUGAGGAAACGUUGGGAAGGCUUGGUGCACAUCUCAGAGCUGCGAAGAGAAGGACGGGUUGCCAAUGUUGCUGAUGUUGUGAGCAAAGGACAAAGAGUGAAAGUCAAAGUGUUAUCUUUUACUGGAUCCAAAACCAGCCUGAGCAUGAAGGAUGUUGAUCAAGACACUGGGGAAGAUUUGAACCCAAACCGUAGAAGGAACCUGGUUGGAGAAACCAAUGAAGAAACGUCCAUGAGGAACCCAGACAGACCCAGUCACUUGUCCCUGGUGAGCGCCCCCGAGGUGGAGGAUGACAGCCUGGAACGGAAACGCCUCACCCGGAUUUCAGACCCGGAGAAAUGGGAAAUAAAACAGAUGAUUGCAGCUAAUGUGCUUUCCAAGGAAGAGUUUCCUGACUUUGAUGAGGAGACUGGGAUUCUUCCUAAAGUUGAUGAUGAAGAAGAUGAGGAUCUUGAGAUUGAGUUAGUCGAAGAGGAGCCACCAUUUCUUCGUGGUCACACUAAGCAGAGCAUGGAUAUGAGUCCCAUUAAAAUAGUAAAGAAUCCAGAUGGUUCCUUGUCCCAGGCUGCAAUGAUGCAAAGUGCUUUAGCCAAAGAGAGGCGAGAACUUAAACAAGCCCAGAGAGAAGCAGAGAUGGAUUCCAUCCCCAUGGGCCUCAACACACACUGGGUGGAUCCUCUCCCUGAUGUGGAUGGAAGACAAAUAGCUGCAAACAUGCGAGGUAUAGGGAUGAUGCCAAAUGAUAUCCCAGAGUGGAAGAAACAUGCAUUUGGUGGCAACAAAGCUUCUUAUGGUAAGAAGACCCAGCUUUCCAUCAUUGAACAGAGAGAGAGUCUCCCAAUCUUCAGGCUGAAGGAACAGCUGAUACAAGCUGUGCAUGACAACCAGAUUCUGAUUGUUAUUGGAGAGACAGGAUCUGGGAAAACAACCCAGAUUACCCAGUACCUGGCUGAGGCAGGAUACACCUCAAGAGGAAAGAUUGGAUGUACUCAGCCUCGCAGAGUGGCUGCAAUGUCUGUUGCAAAGAGGGUGUCAGAGGAAUUUGGUUGCUGCUUGGGACAAGAGGUUGGCUACACCAUUCGGUUUGAGGACUGCACCAGCCCUGAGACUGUCAUCAAAUACAUGACAGAUGGGAUGUUACUGAGAGAGUGCCUGAUAGACCCAGAUCUGACCCAGUAUGCCAUUAUCAUGCUGGAUGAGGCCCAUGAGAGGACCAUACAUACAGAUGUGCUCUUUGGGCUCCUGAAGAAGACAGUGCAGAAACGGCAGGACAUGAAGCUGAUAGUGACAUCAGCAACGCUGGAUGCUGUGAAAUUCUCUCAGUAUUUCUAUGAAGCACCAAUCUUCACAAUUCCUGGCAGAACAUACCCAGUAGAAAUUCUGUAUACAAAAGAGCCAGAGACUGAUUAUUUGGAUGCCAGUCUGAUUACAGUAAUGCAGAUUCAUUUAACAGAGCCACCAGGUGACAUUUUGGUCUUUCUAACUGGCCAGGAAGAGAUUGAUACUGCCUGUGAAAUCCUCUAUGAGAGGAUGAAGUCUCUAGGACCUGAUGUUCCAGAGUUAAUUAUCCUACCAGUAUAUUCAGCUUUGCCCAGUGAAAUGCAGACCAGGAUCUUUGACCCAGCCCCACCAGGGAGCAGAAAGGUUGUCAUUGCCACCAACAUUGCAGAGACAUCUUUGACUAUUGAUGGAAUUUAUUAUGUGGUUGAUCCUGGCUUUGUGAAGCAGAAAGUUUAUAACUCCAAGACUGGAAUUGACCAGCUGGUGGUGACACCGAUUUCCCAGGCUCAAGCCAAGCAGCGUGCAGGAAGGGCUGGGAGAACAGGCCCAGGAAAAUGCUACAGGUUAUACACAGAACGUGCAUAUAGAGAUGAGAUGCUAACCACCAAUGUGCCUGAGAUCCAGAGAACAAAUCUGGCCAGUACAGUGCUCUCCCUGAAGGCUAUGGGCAUCAACGAUUUGCUGUCCUUUGACUUUAUGGAUGCUCCCCCCAUGGAAACUCUCAUAACUGCUAUGGAGCAGCUCUACACCCUGGGAGCUCUGGAUGACGAGGGGCUGCUCACUCGACUUGGGCGCAGGAUGGCAGAAUUCCCCUUGGAGCCUAUGCUGUGUAAGAUGUUGAUCAUGUCUGUGCAUCUGGGAUGCAGCGAGGAGAUGCUGACCAUUGUCUCCAUGCUGUCUGUGCAGAAUGUGUUCUACAGGCCAAAGGAUAAACAAGCACUUGCUGAUCAAAAGAAGGCCAAGUUCCAUCAAACAGAAGGUGACCACCUCACCCUGCUGGCUGUGUACAAUUCCUGGAAGAAUAAUAAGUUUUCAAAUCCCUGGUGCUAUGAGAAUUUUAUCCAGGCCCGAUCCUUGCGGCGGGCACAGGACAUUCGCAAGCAGAUGUUGGGGAUCAUGGACAGGCAUAAGCUGGAUGUGGUGUCCUGUGGGAAGGCAACAGUCCGUGUGCAGAAGGCCAUUUGCAGUGGCUUCUUCCGAAAUGCAGCCAAGAAGGAUCCCCAGGAAGGGUAUAGGACACUCAUUGACCAGCAGGUUGUCUAUAUCCACCCAUCCAGUGCUCUCUUCAACAGGCAGCCUGAAUGGGUGGUGUAUCAUGAGCUGGUGCUCACCACCAAGGAGUACAUGCGGGAGGUGACGACCAUCGACCCUCGCUGGUUGGUGGAGUUUGCCCCAGCUUUCUUCAAGGUCUCUGACCCAACCAAGCUGAGCAAGCAGAAGAAGCAGCAGAGGCUGGAGCCGCUCUACAACCGCUACGAGGAGCCCAACGCCUGGAGGAUCUCGCGCGCGUUCCGGCGCCGAUGAGCUCGGCUCCCCCCUCGCCCUGCCUGUCCCGUUCCUGUGGG